CCUUUCAGUGCCCAUCAGUGCCACCUAACAGUGCCACCUAUCAGUGCCCAUCAGAGCAGCCUAUCAGCCCAUCAGAGCAGCCUAUCAGUGCCCAUCACUGCAGCCUCAUUAGCGCACAUCAGUGAAGGAGAAAAAUCACUUAUUUACAAAAUGUUAUAACAAAAACUAAGAAAAAAACGUUUUUUAAAAAAAGAAUUUUCAGUUGUUUUUGGUUUGUUUAGCAAAAAAUAAAAAAACCCGAGGUGAUUAA